AUGGAAAUCUCUGACAAUGUUUCCUGCAGAGAGAUUACCGCUAAACUAGUAAAGGAAUGGCCAAGGAAAGGGAAGUUGUCAAUAAGUGCUUUGAGUGUGAAGUAUGUUGUACUUCAUAGAAUUGAAGUUGCUAAUUGGAUGUCAACUAAUCACACUUCCAACAUUGCUACAGGAUUGGGUAAGUUCAUUUAUAUUGUAGGGACCAAGUCAAAUUUUGAUUUUGGAUCUUAUGUAUUUGAUCAAACUAUGAAGUAUGUUGCCUCUUAUAUUGUGAAGAUGCCAAUAGUUUUUCCCUCAUUGAUCUGUGGUGUUAUUCUGAGUCAACACCCAAGUAUUUUGAUCAUUUCUAAUAGUAUAUACAAAAGAGACCCUUUUCUCUCAUUAUAUUAUAGGUUGUUCACUGGGAAACAUGUUCCAGGCAUUGUCAUGUCAUCUGACCAUACAUAUUCCAGGCCUACUACUAGAACAUGCAUCCUUGCUAAUCUAAAAGAUACAUGCACGACCUUGGAUGAAACUAUUAAAAUUUAUAGUGAGAGGAAUAGUAGGCUUGAAAUUUUGAUAAAGGCCUUGUUUGAAGAAGAAGGAGAUUUUAAAGGUGAUGGAGAAGGUGAAGAAGAUGCAAAUGAAGAAGGUAUUGAUGCAAGUGAUGAUGACGAAAGUAUCAUCAGUGAUGAUGACUGA